AAACAGUUUGUUUGUGACCACCGACGACUUCCGUGUCAACUUUCAGCACAGUUAUCACAAAGAUUGUGGUUAUCAUCUCGUUAUUAUGCAAAUGUAGUUAAUUGGCAUGUUUUUAAAGUACUUCAUUCAUAAUUCGUUUAAUGGUUAAAACAGUUGCUUCGAUUCAUGCAGGAUGGUGUUUUACUUCACUAGUGCAGUUGUUACUCCUCCCUACACUAUCUACAUGGGGAAAGACAAAUAUGAAAAUGAAGAUCUCAUCAAAUAUGGAUGGCCUGAAGACAUUUGGUUUCAUGUGGAUAAACUCUCUUCUGCCCAUGUGUACCUUAGAAUGCCUAAGGGACUGACAAUUGAGGAUAUUCCCAAGGAAGUCUUGAUUGACUGUGCACUGCUUGUGAAAAACAACAGCAUCCAAGGAUGUAAAAUGAACAACAUCAAUGUUGUCUACACACCAUGGGCCAACCUAAAAAAAACAGGGGACAUGGAUGUAGGCCAAAUAGGUUUCCAUCGACACAAGGAGGUGAAGAUUGUGGCAGUAGAGAAGGAAGUGAAUGAGAUUGUGAACAGGUUGGAGACAAAAGAGGAGCGAUACCCUAAUCUAGCAGCAGAGAAAGAGUCUCGAGAUGGGGAGGAGAGAAACGAGAAGAAGGCCCAGAUACAAGAUCAGAAAAAUAAGGAGAAUGAUGACAUAAAAAAUAAAAGAGAGCUGGAUGAGCUCGAGAGUUAUUCUUCGCUGAUGAUGAGUGACAAUAUGACAACAAAUGAGACAUAAUAAAUCUUUUUCAGGAUGGAAAUGAUUCUGAUGACUUCAUGUAAAAGGACAAUAUGGGACAUCGGACGUACGCCACCACCUGCAAGUAAACAUUGUUGGGUUGGCCCUGCACUGGUAUACCAGACAGUGCUUUGACAUUGGAUAUAGAUCGAUAAACUUGCUACUGUAUUUUUGGAACAGUACUCGUGCCAAUUUUACAAAAUUUCAGGACUAUCUCUGAACAGCUUGGUUUCGCUACGCUUCUUGAAUUUCAAAGGAUAACAUUCCAACAGCGUUGAUCUCUUGUGUACUGUACGUCCUCUGCUUGACUGACAAGAGGGUAACAAGAACCCCUGAUUCCUCAGACAACUGCUGUCAAUGAUUUAGUCUUGGGACAGCUAUUCCUUACAUGCUCUAUGAUCUAAUUCAGUAUUGUUGCAUGUUGACCUAAUGAUAUGGAUGAAUAUAUGAUCUCCUGACCAAUAUGUCUAGCUAUGGGUGAAAUGAAAUGAGUAUGUACAUUUUAUUGUUAUAAUUUACCUGGCCAAUGCUGCAGACCUUGUCCUGGCCAGAGACUGGAGCAUGUGAAUUGUGUCCUUGUGAAGCCAUGCAUAAGAAGGUUUGUCAUGGAUGUUGCUUUGAAAUAAUUGAAAGAUAGCUGACGUUAUGAAUAAAAAUCCCCUUGUUUAUCAA